GGAACAAAUCUCAGUGGUAGAUCUAGGGUGUUUGCGAGCAGUUUUUGAUAGCAUCUUCGAUUAGUAUUAAGAAUUUUCUGCGCGUGGCCAUGUGAGGUGCUGGGUUCGUCCUAGAGUGAGGGGAUUGCAGAGCGAUCAGAGGAAUGAGGCGGCUGAUCUGCAAGAGGAUCUGUGAUUAUAAAAGCUUUGAUGAUGAAGAAUCAGUGGAUGGAAAUAGGCCGUCAUCAGCUGCUUCAGCCUUCAAGGUUCCGGCACCUAAAAAGCCAGGAAAUCCUUCAAACAGUGCAAGAAAGCCGGGAUCAGCUGGUGGGCCUAAGGUUGGAGGUUCCUCUAAAGAAGGAGGAGCUGGAGCUGUGGAUGAGGAUGAUUUUAUUAAGGCAUUUACAGAUGUUCCUACUGUACAGAUCUAUUCUAGUCGAGAACUUGAAGAAACAUUGAACAAAAUCAGGGAAAUUCUCUCAGAUGACAAACAUGAUUGGGAUCAACGAACUAAUGCGCUGAGGAAAGUUCGGUCACUGCUUGUUGCUGGAGCUGCACAGUACGAUGGCUUCUUCCAGCACUUACGGUUGUUGGAUGGUGCUUUCAAGCUGUCGGCCAAGGAUCUCAGAUCCCAGGUGGUCAGAGAAGCGUGCAUUACUGUAGCCCAUCUUUCAACUGUUCUGGGAAACAAGUUUGAUCAUGGCGCUGAAGCUAUUGUGCCUACUCUUUUUAAUCUGGUUCCCAACAGCGCCAAAGUGAUGGCAACUUCUGGGUGUGCAGCCAUUAGAUUCAUUAUUCGGCAUACGCAUGUGCCACGACUCAUACCUUUAAUAACAAGCAACUGUACCUCAAAAUCAGUUGCAGUUAGGAGGCGCUCCUUUGAAUUUUUAGACCUGUUAUUACAAGAGUGGCAAACGCAUUCUUUGGAAAGGCAUGCCGCUGUCCUAGUUGAAACAAUCAAAAAGGGCAUUCAUGAUGCUGAUGCAGAAGCAAGAGUGGAGGCAAGAAAGGCUUAUCUGGGUCUUAGAAAUCACUUUCCUAGUGAAGCUGAGACUCUGUACAAUUCUCUUGAGCCGCCUUAUCAAAGAAGCCUCCAGACCUACUUGAAGAAUUCUGGCAGUAUAGCAUCUCUCCCUCAGUCAGACAGGUCAUCCUCCAGCUCACAGGAGAGCCUCAAUCGACCUUUUUCUUCUAAGUGGUCUGCAGCCAGCCCAGCAAGCCUUGCAGGCAGAGUUUCAGGCAGCAGCAAGAGUGUGCCAAGCCCAGGAGCUCUGCAAAGGUCUCGCAGUGACAUUGACGUUAACGCUGCUGCUGGAGCGAAGGCCCGCCAUGCUGCUGGACAGACAGCUGGAGCUGGGCGCUUGUCAGCAGCUGGUCUGCCUCCAGGAUCUUACGCUUCACUAGAGGAUACUUCUGACAAGAUGGAUGGAACAGCUUCUGAAGAUGGUCGUAUACGAACAAAGCUUUCAACACCUUCUGUUGGUAUUGGAAAUUCCAAAACGGAUUCCAGAGGACGUAGUAGAACCAAAGUGGUGUCGCAAUCUCAGCCUGGCAGUAGGUCUGGGUCUCCUGGAAGAGUUUUGACAACAACCACGCUUUCCACUAUGAACACGGGAGUUCAGAGAGUGUUAGUGAAUCCUGCAACUGUGCAAAAACGAAGCAAAAUCCCACGAAGUCAGGGAUGCAGUAGAGAAGCUAGUCCUUCCAGGUUGUCAGUAGCGCGAGGCAGCCGCAUCCCUCGGCCUAGUGUGAGUCAGGGGUGCAGUCGGGAGGCCAGCCGUGAAAGUAGCAGGGACACAAGCCCUGUCCGCUCUUUCCCACCCCUCGCUUCCAGACAUCACUCCAGAUCCACUGGUGCCCUCUACGCUCCCGAUGCUUAUGGGGCUACAGGUACUGGCUUUGGAAUUAGUCAGUCGAGUAGAUUGUCGUCAUCAGUUAGUGCCAUGCGAGUUCUGAACACAGGUUCUGACGUGGAAGAGGCGGUAGCAGAUGCUUUGAAGAAACCCGUGCGAAGAAGAUACGAGUCUUACGGGAUGUACUCAGACGACGAUGCCAACAGCGACGCAUCAAGUGCCUGUUCAGAAAGGUCCUAUAGCUCUCGGAAUGGAAGCAUCCCGACCUACAUGAGACAGACGGAAGAUGUGGCCGAAGUCCUGAAUCGCUGCGCCAGCUCCAACUGGUCGGAGAGAAAAGAAGGCCUCCUAGGCCUGCAAAACUUACUAAAGAACCAGAGGACUUUAAGUCGUGUUGAGUUGAAAAGGUUGUGCGAGAUCUUCACAAGAAUGUUUGCUGAUCCUCACAGUAAGAGAGUGUUCAGUAUGUUUUUGGAGACGCUAGUGGACUUCAUCCAGGUCCAUAAAGAAGAUCUGCAGGACUGGCUGUUUGUACUGCUGACGCAGCUGUUGAAAAAAAUGGGUGCUGAUUUGCUUGGAUCUGUACAAGCAAAAGUUCAGAAGGCACUUGAUGUCACAAGGGAAUCUUUUCCAAAUGACCUCCAGUUCAGUAUUUUAAUGAGAUUUACUGUUGACCAGACCCAGACACCUAGUCUGAAGGUCAAAGUAGCAAUCCUUAAAUACAUAGAGACUCUUGCACAACAGAUGGAUCCAGGAGAUUUUGUAAAUUCAAGUGAGACUAGGUUAGCAGUGUCGCGAAUCAUCACCUGGACCACAGAACCUAAAAGCUCAGAUGUCAGAAAG